AUGGCAACAUCUCACAUCCAGCAAUCAGCAUUUGCCGGCCAGACCGCAUUGAAGCAGUCGAAUGAGCUCAUCAAAAAGAUUGGAGGCCUUGGUGGUGGGCGCAUCACAAUGAGGCGCACUGUCAAGAGUGCUCCCGAAAGCAUAUGGUAUGGUCCUGACCGCCCAAAAUACUUGGGACCGUUCUCCGAGCAAACUCCAUCCUACUUGACCGGUGAAUUCCCCGGUGACUAUGGAUGGGACACUGCUGGACUAUCCGCAGACCCCGAGACCUUUGCCAAGAACCGUGAGCUUGAGGUGAUCCACUGCAGGUGGACCAUGCUUGGUGCAUUGGGCUGUGUCUUUCCAUAAGUCUUGUCCAAGAAUGGUGUCAAGUUUGGCGAGGCUGUUUGGUUCAAGGCCAGGUCUCAAAUCUUCUCCGAGGGCGGCCUGGACUACCUCGGCAACCCAAACCUCGUCCGUGCCCAGAGCAUCUUGGCAAUCUGGGCCUGCCAGGUUGUCCUCAUGGGCUUCAUUGAGGGUUACAGAGUUGGAGGAGGCCCUCUCGGUGAGGGUCUUGACCCACUUUACCCAGGAGGUGCCUUUGACCCACUUGGACUUGCUGAUGACCCAGAAGCCUUUGCUGAGCUCAAGGUGAAGGAAAUCAAGAAUGGAAGGCUGGCAAUGACCUCCAUGUUCGGUUUCUUUGUUCAGGCAAUUGUUACCGGAAAGGGACCAAUUGAGAACCUUUAUGCCCAUGUUGCUGACCCAGUGGCUAACAAUGCAUGGGCUUAUGCCACAAACUUCGUCCCCGGAAAGUGAAGAAGCUGACUUUAAUUCUUUUGAUCUGUAACAGUACCCAAAUUUCUUGAUUUUGUGCAGUUUGUUUCCUUGGAAGUUCAGAUGUAUU